GUCGCCUUGCAGAACCGCAACCCCUUGGUGGCCGUGUACUACACCAAUCGAGCCCUCUGCUACCUGAAGAUGCAGCAGCACGACAAGGCGCUAGCUGACUGCAAGCGAGCCCUGGAGCUGGACGGGCAGUCGGUGAAGGCUCACUUCUUCCUGGGCCAGUGCCAGAUGGAGAUGGAGAACUACGACGAGGCCAUUGCCAACCUGCAGAGAGCCUACAACCUCGCCAAGGAACAACGGCUGAAUUUUGGGGAUGACAUCCCCAGCGCGCUGCGCAUCGCCAAGAAGAAACGCUGGAACAGCAUCGAGGAGAAGCGGAUCAACCAGGAGAACGAGCUGCACUCCUACCUGACCAAGCUGAUCAUGGCGGAGAAGGAGAGGGAGCUGGCUGAGUGCCAAAAGACUCAGCGGGAAGAAAAUGCAGAUGAGAGCCGGAGCCGAGUUCAGCUGGCCAGCAUCGAGGCCAAACACGACAAAUACCUGGCGGACAUGGACGAGCUCUUCUCUCAAGUAGAUGAGAAGAGGAAGAAGCGGGACAUUCCUGACUACCUGUGCGGGAAGAUCAGUUUUGAGCUGAUGAGAGAGCCCUGCAUCACACCCAGUGGGAUCACCUAUGACAGGAAGGACAUUGAGGAACAUCUCCAGCGCGUGGGUCAUUUUGAUCCGGUGACGCGGAGUCCUCUGACCCAGGACCAGCUGAUCCCCAACCUCGCCAUGAAGGAGGUGAUAGAUGCAUUCAUCUCUGAGAACGGCUGGGUGGAGGAUUACUGAGGGGCUGAGGGGGCCCACCCAGGUUCCCUCCAUGGCCACAGAUGCACAGAUGGCUCUUGCUGGGCUGGCACCAUGCCUUACUUGCUCUCCAGCUGUUCCCCCUCCACUCCAGGUGCCCAGAGACCCAGCAGCAGCGCUGGGCAAGGGCACAUUGCCAUCUCCCCUUCCCGAGGAGCCGCAGCAGCUGAGUGGG